UUGCCACACUACCACUCGUGCGAGUUCAUCUCCAACAUAACACAUCCCUUACGUUAACACAUUCACUUUAACCCCUUAAUUUUACUUUUUGUUGUCUUCCUCAGUCAUUUGAGAAUUGAGACAGAGGGAUUAGUAGUCGAAGAUUCUUUGGCAUAUAACCUUUCCGAAAAGAUAUUUAUUUGUAUCUGUCCCUUCAUUCCUUUAACAAAUAUAUAUAUCUCCAGGAGCAACCACCUUAUCCCUCGUUAUCCCUCUCAGCUUCUUUGUGUUGUGUCUCUCUUGUUCAACCUAAGAGAGACAUGGACGUUGUUCUUCAGACCAAAGGGCUUCUCUCUCUCCCCACAAACCCAAGGAACAGGCUUUUACAAACAUCCCAGGGUUUAAAGCAUAGAUUUUUCUCUCCAAAACCAAAAAUCCUUGGUGGGUCUUUUCUGACUUCCAAUGGAUUCCAAAAGUUCAAUGGCUGUGCCUCAAUGGGUAAUAAUGUCUUUGGCCCAAGGAACAGAAAUUUGUUCGUGUGCAGGGCUGAAGCUGCUGCAGCUGCAGCUGAUGCAUUUAGGGAGCCAGAAAACGAGAAAGCCAAAAUUUUGGGUAUUGAGGUUGCCACCCUCAAGAAGAUUGUGCCUUUGGGGAUGAUGUUCUUUUGUAUACUCUUCAAUUACACCAUUCUAAGAGACACUAAGGAUGUGCUGGUUGUCACGGCCAGAGGAAGCAGUGCGGAGAUUAUUCCGUUUUUGAAAACUUGGGUGAACCUUCCAAUGGCUGUUGGGUUCAUGUUGCUGUACACAAAAUUGGCAAAUGUAUUGUCCAAGCAAGCACUCUUCUAUUCUAUUAUUCUCCCCUUCAUUGCCUUCUUUGGGGCGUUUGGGUUUGUUCUUUACCCUCUCAGUAACUAUAUCCACCCUGAGGCAUUUGCUGACAACCUUCUUAACGUCCUUGGCCCUCGCUUCCUUGGUCCACUUGCAAUUAUGAGAAUCUGGAGCUUCUGUCUGUUCUAUGUCAUGGCUGAAUUGUGGGGGAGUGUGGUGAUUUCUGUGCUGUUUUGGGGGUUUGCCAAUCAGAUAACUACCGUUGACGAAGCAAAACGAUUCUAUCCACUGUUUGGACUUGGGGCCAAUGUAGCCCUUGUGUUCUCUGGUAGGACAGUGAAAUACUUUUCUAAUCUGAGACAGAAUUUGGGUCCUGGAGUUGAUGGCUGGGCCAUCUCUCUGAAAGCGAUGAUGAGCAUAGUGGUGGCUAUGGGACUAGCAAUCUGUUUCCUGUAUUGGUGGGUGAAUAAUUAUGUUCCUCUUCCUGCAAGAAGCAAGAAGAAGAAGGAGAAGCCUAAAAUGGGAACAAUGGAGAGCAUAAAGUUCUUGGUUUCUUCAAGAUAUAUAAGGGAUCUUGCCACUUUAGUGGUUGCAUAUGGAAUUAGCAUUAAUCUAGUUGAGGUUACAUGGAAAUCAAAGCUCAAAGCUCAGUUUCCUAGCCCAAAUGAGUACUCAUCUUUUAUGGGUGACUUCUCAACUGCAACUGGAAUUGCUACAUUCACAAUGAUGCUUCUAAGCCAAUUUAUAUUUGACAAAUAUGGAUGGGGAGUUGCUGCCAAGAUCACCCCUACUGUCCUGCUUUUGACAGGAGUUGGUUUCUUUUCUCUUAUAUUAUUUGGCGGCCCAAUUGCUCCUGUUAUUGCUAAGUUUGGAAUGACUCCACUGCUUGCUGCUGUAUAUGUGGGUGCCAUGCAGAACAUAUUCAGCAAAAGUGCUAAGUACAGUUUAUUUGAUCCUUGCAAAGAAAUGGCCUACAUACCCUUGGAUGAGGAUACCAAGGUGAAGGGGAAGGCAGCCAUUGAUGUGGUGUGCAACCCAUUGGGAAAGUCUGGAGGAGCUCUAAUUCAGCAGUUUAUGAUCUUAAGUUUUGGUUCACUAGCUAAUUCAACUCCAUACCUUGGAGGGGUGCUUCUGGUGAUUGUUCUUGCUUGGUUAUCAGCAGCUAAGUCUCUGGAUACCCAGUUUUCUGCAUUGCGUCGAGAAGAAGAACUUGAGAAAGAGAUGGAAAGAGCAGCUGCUGUUAAGAUACCAGUUGUGGCUAAGAAUGAGGAUGCAAAUGUUUCACUGUUAAAUCCAACUCUAGGUGACUCCUCAAGUAGUCCUUCUGAAGCUUCAACUCCUAGCAAUAUUUAAGCAUACUUCUUUCUGUUGAAUUGCAUGGCAGAAAGAAUCAGAUGAACUCAUGAGUGAUGUUAGCCCAAACUAUUUGUUGUAGGUCAUUAUUUCAUAGAAUAAGUUUCUCACUAUUUUUUUCAAGUCUCAUUGUUGUUACU